UACUGUAUAUGGGUUUUGUUAUGCUCACAUCCGCAAGCGAGCGAAUAGCGUAGUAGUUAGCGUAUUAGACUCCGGUGCGUAGAUUAGGAGGAUGAGUCCACAAUAGAAAAUGUUAAAGAGAUCAGCUUUGCAAGAAUUGGUUAAAGAGCUUGUUAAGAGAAUUUUCUUGCUUAGCUAGUUGUCAACUUGACGAAACGAAAAAGUCCGUUCCAUGUUCCUCUUGUUCAGAGGAAUUUACUUUUUGUAAAGGUACUCGCACAGCUCAGUGGCUUAAUCGUGAAAAAUAUUGUUUAUCUAGAUUUAUGAGAUAUAUAUAGUGUUACAUAUUUUAAAAAAAGCAAUUGUUAAUAAUAUCGGACCUCCUUUUAAACACUAUUAAAAAUAUGAAUGUUUUUGUCACCAUUAUCAAUGUCAUCGCUCAACGGAUGCAAGUAGUACAAUUGUUUUUACAAUUAUAUGACGAUUCGCCCGUUUUAAGACAUUGGUGGGUGAAAUUUCAUAUUAUGCCGGCUAUGAGAAAUUUAUUUGGUGUCUAUGAACGGUUAUGCUUAUACUACAUGCAUCAGGACCAUGAAGAGUUUUACCACAUGACCAGGAUGACUCCAGAUGAUUUUGAAACACUGCAUCGUUUAGUUGGCCCUCGACUGCAAAAGACAAGUUUUAGAGAGCCCUUGCCCUCAAGACUUAGACUUUGUUUAGUAUUAAAUGUACUUGCCAAUGGUGACAGUGUGAGAACGACCCAAAAUUUGUUUCGAGUUGGUCGGUCAACAAUAUAUGAUAUGAUGGAAGAAGUUUGUACAGUUAUUUGGGAGGAACUCUCACCUUGGUAUUUGAGAAAUAGAACUACAAGAGAAUGGAGAGUGAUUGCUGCCGGAUAUCGAACAAAAUGGGAUUUACCGCAUUGCAUUGGAGCGAUAGACGGAAAGGAAAUUGCAAUAAAAUGUCCUCCACAUACCGGGACUUUGUUUUAUAAUUACAAGCAGUUUUAUAGCUUCAAACUUCUCACUAUUUGUGACGCUACAUGUCGUUUUACUUGGGUUGAAGCUGGUGACUGUGGUUCUCAGAGUGACUUAGCAUCGUCCCGUAAUACGGAUUUUCACGAUGCCCUACAAAGAAAUGAAUUAAACAUACCUCCGAGCUCAACUCUACCAGGUUCAAAUAUCAGAAUGCCCUAUUUUUUAUCGGAGACGAAAUAUUCACUGCACAAACUUCGUUAAUGACUCCAUUCGCUCGUCGAAGACGGCUCAAUGAUGCUGAAAGGCAUUAUAAUUACAGAAUAUCGAGAGCUCGGCAUACAAUUGAAGCUGCGUUUGGAAUUCUAACGGCCAUGUGGCAAAUUUUAAAAAAUUCAUUAAAUUUUCACUUGGAAACUUCUAUUAAAAUUGUUUUGGCCACAAUCUGCUUGCAUAAUUUUGUUUUAACAAGAAAGAUGCAAAGAGGGGAGAGGAUAGACAUCCCUCUAUUUAGACGUAAUGCUGAUGACAGAGCUAGAAAUGAGGAAGAGAAUGAAAAUGCAGAACUGGAGAGAAUUCCAAGAAAUCCAAUUGAUCAGCUUCAAUUGCUGAUGGAAUAUUUAAAUUCCAAUGCUGGCGCAAUGCACAAUUAGAAACUAA